AUGGUCAAUUGUGGCUUAACACCAGUUGGAGGAAUCGAUAUUACUGAAGACCAAUCUCAAUCCUGUUCUUAUCCGGACAUUUUACGGGGAAAAGUUCCUACAAGUGCUUCCCUGCUGCCAGAUGGCUCUGCUAAGGAUAGAAUCGAUCUGCUUGAAAACAUAAAACUCGCUAGCAUCGAGUGUCAAUCAGUUUACGAUCGUGAAAAUGAACUCACAUCAGAAUUUGAAUCCACUAUCGCAAAUAUACUAGAUAAGAAAGCUCUGUUGCAAUCACAUAUACAAGAUGUCAGAGAUUCGCUCAAUAGUGUUAGACAUCAAAUACAAGCAAACGAUAUCGCACACUCUGAAAUUAAUGAUGACACAAACUUUGCCACGGAAAUUGAAGCCACAAAACAACGCCUUGGUGAACUGCGAAACGAAAAGGCUAAGCUCAAGGUACAAGUGGAAAAAAAAGCAAAAGGUAAAUGGUCUCUAGUUGGAAUAACUUUUGCAGAAUUGGAAGAUUUUCGCAAUACCAUUAGCAAAAACGAGUGGUUUUUCAAGUUUUACCACUUUGAAAAGGUGCUUGGUUUAGGUAUCAAUAGUGAGAACGGAGCAUUAAAGAUCACAUUUUCUAAUCUGGGCCAACAAAAUCCCGAUAAAAUGUGUUAUAUAGUCUUAAAGGUUUUUGAGGAUCAGUAUUCAGGUUUAUACUGUGAACCUCAACUCAGCGAAUUCGAUGCAAUUGUAUCAGAACUAAAUAGCGGAUUGGACAUUGGCUUAUUCCUUUGCCGUGUAAGGCAACUGUUCAAAAUCUCAUGUAAUAUUUUAAAUGAAACUUAA